AUGUCAAAUUUGAAGAAACGUCACUCCAAGUCCUCGGGGGAAUCAGGCGUCCACGAAGAAGUGUUUUCUCUGGUUGAAGGCAGUGCGCUCGCAAACCCAACUGAAAGAAAGACGAGUAAAUGUGGCAGCAUCUCCGGGGAGAACACAGUUGAACUGAAAAGAACUAUAACUCUACUGAAUGGUGUUGCUAUCAUCGUGGGUAGCAUCAUCGGCUCGGGGAUAUUCGUGACACCCAUCGGGGUAGUGAAGGAAGCUGGUUCUGUCGGACUGUCGUUGAUCAUUUGGGCAGUGUGUGGGUUGUUCUCGACAGUGGGGGCCCUGUGCUAUGCAGAAUUAGGGACCACCAUCACCAAAUCUGGAGGAGAUUAUGCCUACAUUCUUGAGGUCUAUGGGUCCCUUCCUGCAUUCCUAAAACUCUGGAUAGAACUACUGAUCAUCCGCCCUUCUUCUCAGUACAUCGUUUCUUAUGUAUUUGCCACUUAUUUACUCAAACCCGUCUUCCCGUUCUCUCCGGUACCAGAAAAUGUCGCUAAAUUGAUCGCCUGCCAGUGUAUAUUGCUCUUGACAGCAGUAAACUGCUGGAGUGUGAAGGCUGCCACAUGGGUUCAAGAUGUCUUCACUGCAGCCAAGCUCCUCGCUCUGGUGCUCAUCAUCCUCCUCGGCUUUGUGCAGAUUGGCAGAGGAGGGACAGAGCGUCUUUGGCCAGAGAACGCAUUCGAAGGGACAAGGACGGACGUUGGCAGCUUCGGGUUGGCCCUGUACAGUGGCCUGUUUGCCUACGGAGGCUGGAAUAAUUUAAAUUUAGUAACAGAAGAGAUGAUUGAGCCGCACAAGAACCUGCCGCGUGCCAUCAUGCUCUCCCUGCCCAUGGUGACAGUGGUGUAUGUCCUUACUAACCUGGCCUACUUCACCACCAUCAGCCCUGAGGAGAUGGUGGCUUCAGAGGCCGUGGCAGUGGACUUUGGUAACUUCCACCUGGGCGUCAUGGCCUGGAUCAUCCCUGUGUUUGUGGGAUUGUCCUGUUUCGGCUCCGUCAACGGAUCUCUCUUCACCUCCUCCAGGUUGUUUUUGGUCGGGUCACGAGAAGGUCACCUGCCCAUUCUGUUGUCCAUGAUCCACCCGAUCCUGCUCACCCCUCAGCCUUCACUCAUCUUCACCUGCAUAAUGACGGUGCUGUAUGUUGUCUCUCAGUGCAUAGUGACGUGCACAGUGACGGUGCUGUGUGACCGGAGACAGUGA